CGCGGAGCCCACGCCCGGCGGAAGCGCGCGGCCGGGGAGAGCCCAGCGCUGAGCGGCGGCGGCGUCUGGACCGCCGGGGACGGACAGGAUGGGCAGCAGCUCGCUGUCCGAGGACUACCGCCUGUGCCUGGAGCGCGAGCUGCGGCGGGGCCGCGCGGGCGUGUGCGGGGACCCCUCGCUGCGCGCCGUGCUCUGGCAGAUCCUGGUGGAGGACUUCGACCUGCACGGGGCGCUGCAGGACGACGCGCUGGCGCUGCUCACCGACGGCCUGUGGGGCCGCGCCGACCUGGCGCCCGCGCUGCGCGGCCUGGCCCGCGCCUUCGAGCUGCUGGAGCUGGCCGCCGUGCACCUGUACCUGCUGCCCUGGAGGAAGGAGUUCACCACCAUCAAGACCUUCUCAGGGGGCUACGUGCACGUGCUCAAGGGUGUACUCUCGGAGGACCUCCUCCUCAAGAGCUUCCAGAAGAUGGGCUACGUGCGCAGGGACAACCACCGCCUCAUGGUGACUGCCCCUCCCCCGGCCUGCCAGCUGGUUCAGGUGGCCCUGGGCUGCUUCGCCCUCCGGCUGGAGUGUGAGAUCCUGGGAGAGGUGCUGGCCCAGCUGGGCACCAGCGUGCUGCCGGCCGAGGAGCUGCUGCAGGCCCGGCGGGCCAGCGGGGACGUGGCCUCCUGCGUGGCGUGGCUGCAGCAGCGGCUGGCCCAGGACGAGGAGCCGCCGCCCCUGCCCCCCCGGGGCUCCCCGGCGGCUUACAGGGCCCCACUGGACUUGUACCGGGACCUGCAGGAAGACGAGGGCUCCGAGGAGGCCAGUCUGUACGAGGAGCCGUCCCCAGGCCCAGACUCGCCCCCCGUGGAGCUGGCCUACAGGCCACCACUCUGGGAGCAGAGUGCCAAAUUGUGGGGCUCCGGGGGCCGGGCCUGGGAGCCCCCGGCUGAGGAGCUGUCUCGGGCCAGCAGCCCACCCUAUGGGGCCUCCGAGGAGGAGCUGGAGCCUGAGCCCUCGGCCUUCUCCUUCCUCUCUCUGCGCCGGGAGCUGAGUCGGCCUGGAGACCUGGCCAUUGCCGAAGCCCCCGGGAGCCCUGGGGGGGCCAGUCCCCGGCGUAUGCGGGCGGAAGAGGCACCGGCCUCGGCCUACGGGCCUGCCCCAGAGCCCCCGGGCUACCAGGCGCACGGCUGCCUGCUCCCCGGCGCACUGCCCACCCUGUGCUGCGACACCUGCCGCCAGCUGCACGCGGCCCACUGCUCGGCCCUGCCCGCCUGCCGGCCCAGCCACUCCCUGCGCGUGCUGCUCGGCGAGACCCAGCGGCGCUUGUGGCUGCAGCGUGCGCAGAUGGACACCCUGCUCUACGACAGCCCUGGGGCCCGACCCUAGGCCCCAAUGGGCCCCAGGUUGGGGGCUUUGGGAGACAGUUCCCAUGGUGCUUCUCUUUGGGGGGCUGGGGCCAAGGCUGCCCUGCCCUGGGGCAUCCUGGCACAGCAGGGGGGGGGGUUCGAGUCCAGGCCCCACUUGGGAGGGAUGGGGGGGUUGUCCUUAUUUCAUACAAGGCACCUCCUGGGGGGGCCAAGCCUGAACCCCUGCCAGCAGCAGCCCCUCCCCACAUUCCCUAUUCCUUGGUACCCAGGCCGUGCCCACAUGUGGGGGCAGAGGGGCCCAGCCUAUGUGUCCGUGUCAUAGUGCUCAAACCUCUCCCUGAGAAGGAACGCCGGUCCCUCAGGCCUGCAGCUCCUGACCUGCUCCGUGAAGUCCGAGGUCCAGGGCACAUCGCCCACACAAGGGUGCCCUGAGGCCCCCAAGCUCCACUGGGCCAGUCAGGGCCUCUGCCCGGUGCACAGUGGACCUGGCUGUGAGGCCCUGGGCCCUGCCCCUGGGGUGCCACAGGCUCAGCCACAGCCAACACGGCCAGGUUUCCACAGGAAAUGGUGCCCAGGAGCUGCAGGUGACAGGGAACAGGUGGCAGGAGGCACCGGCCAGGCAGGCCGUGAGCACAAGGGUCCUCGCCAGCACCCCAGCCUCCCAGGUGGAAGGCGGGUGAGGGGCUCCUGGUGGGUAAAGGUGCAGCCAGUUCCCGCAUAGCCACUGCCUGAGGCAGCACAGCCCACGGGCUGGGGAGGAGGGUCUGCCCCAGGCCCACCUCUGGGACUGGUGCUCUUGGCCUGGGCUACUGUGAGGCUAUUCUGGGCUCACCCCUCCCUGGGCAUGGGGCACCGCCCUCACCCCUCCAACCCAGCCCACUCACAGGACAUGUCGAUGUCACAGGAGUCAGAACCCCAACAUGCAUUAAAGGACAGAGAAACCA